AUGACUCAACGACUAGAAGUGAGAAAGCGGCAAAAGAUGAUGGAUGAUGAUGGAGGCUCUGACUCCGAAUCAGAAUCAGACUUGUCUUCGAAUCUAGAUCAUGAAAGUGAUACCGAUAGUGCUAGUGAUGAUAGUUUUAUGGCCGAUCCUACCUCUGCCAAGGCUGGAGUGAUUGAGAAGAUUGUGCUAAAAAACUUUAUGUGUCACGAUUUCUUUGAGUUGGAACUAGGUCCUCAAUUAAAUUUCAUUAUUGGCCGGAAUGGAUCAGGGAAAAGUGCGAUUUUGACUGGAAUAUCUGUUGGUUUGGGUGCUAAGGCUUCCGAAACAUGUAGAGGAAGUUCAGUUAGGGAUUUGAUCAAAGAUGGGAAAGAAAUGGCAAAGGUGAUAUUAACUUUCAGAAAUGAAGGCGAAGAAGCUUAUUGCCUGGAUGUAUAUGGAAAGAAAAUAAUAAUUGAAAGGACACUCAAGAGACUGGGAACUAACUCUUACUCCAUUAAAUCUGAAGUUUUAAAUACAAUUUCUACAAAAAAAUCAACCUUGGAUGAAAUUUUGUUCAAAUAUAACAUAGCGGUCAAUAAUCCUUUAGCAUUCUUGUCCCAGGACAAGGCACGAGAGUUUUUAACACUGAGCUCUGAUCAGUCAAAAUUUAAGUUUUUUAUGGAUGGCACCCUACUUAAUGAUAUCACAAAUAACUUGGAAGCUACAGCAAUGAAUACUGUUGAGAUAAGAAAUAGAUUAAACUUGGCGAAAAGACAUUUAAAAUUAGCAGAAGAAAAGUAUAGGGCAUCUGCUGCUUUGUACGAAAAAUUUCAAAGAUCUGAUUCCUUACGAAAGAGGCUAGAAAUCCUUCAUGGAAAGGCUUAUUGGUUCAAUGUUACUGUUAUAGAAAGAAAACUUGAGAGCUAUAAACAGUCUUUAAAGCAAGCUGAAGAAGAGAUUUGUGGAUUAAGCAAUGAAAUAAUAAAUAUUAAUGAGCGCGUAAAAUUCUUGGACGAUGAUAGUGUCAUGUUACAAACUCACCAAGAUGAAAUGAAACAAAUCGUAACUAAAUUCAAAGAUGAAUAUGAUCUUAUAAAAGAUAAAAGGAGAAACGCAAAAACUAUCAGGAAACAGCUCGAAGACGAAAUUCAAAAGCUUCGGGAGGAAAACAAUUCUUUUGAAAAAGAAAUCAGAAAAAAAGAGAAUGAGAUUGCCUUAGAGAGAGAGCUUUUGGAUAAGCGAAAUGAUUCGAAGGAAACAUUAUCAAACACCAUCAGCAAUUUAAACAGCAAGAUCGAAGAAUUGAAUAAAAAGAAGGAUGAUAUUAGACAAAGGCUAGGCGAUAUGACAGAAGAACCCACUAUGUCUGACUUGCGACAUGAAAUCGGUAUAUCCGAGGAGAUAAUUAAUAGCUUAUCAACCAGAAAGAUACAAAUACAAAAAUCUGAAAAAGACAUACUUUUGCCUUGGGGAGAUCAUAUUCAUAACGUGUUAAACUCAAUAAAGGCUAUUAAAAACUGGCAUCAGGAGCCGAUUGGCCCACUUGGUGCUCAUAUCAGUGUUAGAGAUGAAUUUAGUAGCUGGAAAGACUUAAUCAAUACGGUACUAGGGAAGACCUUGGACUCAUUUCUAGUUAUUGAUGAGCACGACAGACGAAUAUUAGACCGUAUAUUCAAACAGCUUAAGGUAAACAAAAACAUAAUUACGCGACGGCCAGAAAGAAUCACUUUUGAGGGAGGAAGAGUAAGGAAUCAAAUUACAUUUUUCGACAUGCUUGCCAUCGAUAAUGAAAACGUACUUUUCACCCUAAUCGAUAUAAAUAAUAUCGAAAAGAACAUCAUAGCAUCUAGCAGAAAUGAUUUCGACAUGCUUGUAAAAUUACCUAAUGUUCUCUCGGUCUUUUCUUCUUUGGGCUUGAGAUCGGGCAUUAGAGCAAGUGCUGGUGAUAAUGGUACGUUGAGAAUUGAUCCAGUUCAUUAUAGAGACGAGAUUCACAAGUUAUCUAGUAAUUCAAAAUCUUCAGAAAAUUAUAUAUUAAAUAUUGAAUCUCAAAUUCAGCUCGAGACGGAGAAGCUAACUAAGCUUCGCCUUAGCCUUAGAGAAGCAAAUAUAAAGAAUCAAAACCAAAGGCGUGAGUUGGAAGAACAAAGUUCAUCGAUACUGGUAGAUAUAAAGAAGUUUAAUAACGAGGUAAUAAAAAUGGAAGACAAACUCAAUGAAAAUGGCGAUCUUGAAAAGGUGGAAGCUUUGAAAAUACAAGUUUCCACAGAUAGGGGGCAAAUAUCAAUUAAUGAAAAUAUUAUAACUUCGUUGAUAGAUGAGCUUGAAAAAGGAAGGGACAACGCAAUAUCGCUUAAGGCGCAACUUGAGUCUUCUCGUGAAAGAGUUACCGCAGCCGUUCAGGAUCUCGAUAAUACUAAAACGAAAUUGGAAGCAUUCGCAGAUGAACUUGCGUCGCUUAAUGAUCGCAAGACACACUCUGAAAUGAAAAAAGUAAAGCUACUUGAUUCAAUUGAGGCGAUGAAAAACAAACUUGAACUAGGAAGAGAAAAGCUCGCACCUAUUUUAGAAACUGCAGAAUUGAAGUGUUGUAGGGAGAUAGCAAAUGUUGAUAUCGAUCGAGACACUAGCGAGUCCAUUAGCAAAGAAUAUCAAGAACUUCAGAGACAAGUUCAAGAAGUUGAAAGUUCUUUAGGCAGAUCUUUCGAAGAAAUACAACGAGAACUAUUACAGAACAAAAAAAUGCGUGAUGCCGCAAAUGAUAAUGUCUUCUGUUUAGAUCAGAUAAAUAGAACUUUUGAGAGUGAGUUAAAUAUCAGGUUUCAAUAUUUGGUCACGACGAUUAGUAAGAAUGAAAGUGAUGCCUCCUCAUCAUUUGAAAGAUCAUUGGCAUUAAGAGGGUUUAAAGGGGAGCUAAGGUUCAAUCACCCUAACAAAUCCUUAACGCUCUUAGCCCAGACGAAAAAUGAUCAAGCUAAAAGGACCGUCGAUUCGUUGUCUGGAGGUGAAAAAUCUUUCACCCAAAUUGCAUUGUUAUUGGCAAUCUGGAAAGUCAUGGACACUAAGGUGCGUGGCCUUGAUGAGUUUGACGUUUACAUGGAUUCCGUAAACAGAUCUAUUAGUAUUAAACUUUUGUUGAGCGAAUUGAGAAGGUAUCCCAAGUCUCAAGCAAUAUUUAUAACCCCCCAAGAUAUUGCUGUCGUUGGAGAUCUAGAAAGUGAAGACGUCAAAAUCCAUAAAAUGACUGAUCCAAGGAAGAACAAUUGA